CUCUCCUUCGCUCUUCACUCUUCACUCUACACCAUGGCCCCAUCUGCUGGAGCUGUAGCUUUACAUUCUUCUCUUUGCAGCAUCCCUCCUGAUAAACCAUCAUCUCCUUCAAAACCAAACACCCUUGUGGCUGCUAAACCCAAAAGCCUCCUUCAAAACCACCCACUUUAUGUACCAAACCAUGCAAAACUCUCCCUCCAAUUCAAAGAGAAAGUCCUCUGCCUUGAGAUAAUGGGUGUUGAUGCAGGUAAAGCACUGUCCCAAAACCCUGACCUACGCACAGCUACCAUGGAAUCCAUUCAUUCCAUUAUCUACUUCCUUCUUUCCAAAGGCAUCCAGGAGAAGGACUUGCCCAGGAUCUUUGGCAUGUGCCCCAAGAUUCUCACCUCUGACAUCAAAACUGAUCUUAACCCAGUUUUUGAUUUUCUCUUUCAAGAUCUCAAUGUCCCAGAUUAUAGCUUUAGGAAGGUUAUCAAUAAGUGCCCAAGAUUUCUUACAUCUAGUGUGAAAGACCAGCUUAAGCCAGCUUUGCUUUACCUUAAGAGACUUGGGUUCAAGGAUUUGGCAACCUUGGCUUAUCAAGAUUCUGUUUUGUUGGUAUCUAAUGUUGAAAGGACCCUCGUCCCUAAGCUGAAAUACUUGGUGAAUUUGGGAUUUUCCAAGGAAGAGGCUAGAAGUAUGGUGUUGAGACAUCCACCAUUGUUUACUUUCAGUAUAGAAAAUAAUUUUCAGCCAAAGUUUGAGUAUUUUGCCGGGGAAAUGGGGAGAAAAUUGGAGGAGUUGAAAGAAUUUCCUCAGUACUUCGCUUUUAGUUUGGAGAACAGGAUAAAGCCUAGACACAUGGAGGUUUUGCAAAGUGGGAUCAAUUUACCUUUGUCAAUGAUGCUUAAAAGCACUGAUGAAGAAUUUGGGGAGCUGAUAAAGCAGGUGGGUGGAUGACUAUGAUGGGAGCAUUGUGUUAUGUGUAUUUAUUUCAUACUUCAAAAAAGUUAGGAUAUUUGACAAUUUGUUAAUAUACUAUGUAUUUUCGAAUUCCUGAGUAUAGGCUUCUUAAGCGACAUAACUGAUAUUGUUGUAAGUUGCUAUUGUAAAUCUUUGACUCCCCUUUAAGUGGUUGUCUAUAUUGAUGAUAUGUAAACAUAGGAGCAACAUGUUUAAGUAAUUUCGUAUUUUUCAAUGGACCUUGGAAAUUUCAUCAUGUAGGUGGAAGAGGUUUCCUUUAUUUUCUUCUUUCUAUCGUAGGUGUAAGACUGGAUAUUUAAAUGGAGGUUGCAGCUGGACCAAGGCCUUGUUCACAGCAGUAACUGAUACCAGAUACCUGAAAUAUUUCAUAUUUACAAUUUGACCAUAUGUAGACACACCUAGAUAAUUUGUUAAUAUACUAUGUAUUUUCGAAUUCCUGAGUAUAGGCUUCUUAAGCGACAUAACUGAUAUUGUUGUAAGUUGCUAUUGUAAAUCUUUGACUACCCUUUAAGUGGUUGUCUAUAUUGAUGAUAUGUAAACAUAGGAGCAACAUGUUUAAGUAAUUUCGUAUUUUUCAA